GAACUUUACUGGAGAAAAAAAAAUAAGUAGAGCCAUUAAUAUGUUAAUUAUUUUGUUAUCAUAAAAUACAAUUUGCAAUUGAAUUCGAUUUUAAAACCAAUAUCACGAAUUGCAAAACGCAAAUCAAAAGAAAUACUGCAAUUUUGAGAUGCACACUCAAACCGAUUUUAGUUUAGUUUAGGGUUUUUUAACUAAAGUUUAACUCUUUAAAAUUAGUUUUGAAAACAAUAAAUGAUCAUUUUCCAUAUCCCCUAUCUACAAUUUGCAGGCUUCUCAAUUCUCAAACUUUCAACAACCACAAACUUACGAUAUAAAGUAGAAAGGUUUAAGAGCGUCAUAUGAUUGGGAAGAUGUCAACGGCGAAACCUGUUAGGAAAUUGGUUUCUUCUGUCAUCCUUGAUUUAGACGGCACUCUUCUUAAUACAGAUGGAGUAGUAACCAAUGUUUUGAGGAGCUACUUGGUUAAAUAUGGAAAGCAGUGGGAUGGAAGAGAGGCACUUAAGAUAGCUGGAAGGACCCCUUUGGAAGCAUCUGCUGCUGUUGUUGAAGCUUAUGAACUACCUUGCACCACAGAGGAAUUUGUUAAAGAAUUCACCCCAAUGUUCUCUGAUCACUGGAGCAAUAUCAAAGCUCUUCCUGGAGCUAACCGGUUGAUUAAUCAUUUGUGCGCACAUGGAAUACCAAUCGCCUUGGCUUCUAACUCUUCUAGAUCUAACAUAGAGGAAAAAAUAUCCAGUCAUGGAUGGAAGGAAUCAUUUAAUGUCAUAAUUGGUGGAGAUGAAGUAAAAGCCGGGAAGCCUUCUCCUGAUAUAUUUCUCGAAGCAGCCAAACAACUUAAUGUUCAACCUUCCAAAUGCCUAGUCAUUGAAGAUUCUAUACCCGGUGUUACUGCUGGCAAGGCUGCUGGAAUGGAGGUGGUUGCUGUGCCAUCAAUUCCGAAACAAUCGCAUCUCUACACGAUGGCAGACGAAGUCAUAAAUUCUCUAUUGGAUCUUUAUCCAGAGCAAUGGGGCUUGCCUCCUUUUGAAGAUUGGAUUGAAGGAACCCUUCCUGUAGAGCCUUGGCACAUUGGUGGUCCUGUCAUUAAGGGAUUUGGCCGUGGCUCAAAGGUACUUGGCAUCCCCACAGCUAAUUUAUCCUUAGAGGGCUACUCAAAUCUUCUAUCGGAACAUCCAUCUGGUGUAUACUUUGGUUGGGCUGCUGUUUCUAAAAGAGGAGUUUACAAGAUGGUUAUGAGCAUCGGCUGGAACCCAUACUUCAACAAUCCAGAGAAAACUAUUGAACCUUGGUUGCUUCACGAAUUCAAGGAUGAUUUUUACGGGGAAGAAUUGCGCCUUCUUGUUGUUGGUUAUAUACGACCAGAGGCCAAUUUUCCUUCUCUGGAAAGCCUUAUAUCAAAGAUUUAUGAUGACCGAAAAAUAGCUGAACAGGCACUCGAGCGUCCUAUCUACUCAAAGUACAAAGACGACCCCUAUUUGAAUAGCUUGUUGGAGGCCACUUGUAGCAUAACUCAUUCUUGAGUUGCAAUCAACAGCAUAUUAUGAAUUAUAUUCAUCGACUUCUAUUGUGUUUGGUAAUUGGGAAUAUGAUUCCAAUCGUAAAAACGUUGCAGCAGUAAAUUUCUGCUAUGUAUGUAUAAUGUACUAAUAUUUUCAAGCAUGUCGACUCGUGUAUAUGAAUAAAGUGGCUCUUAGCUUCAUCAGUGCCCUUUGUGACCGAAGAAGCAAAGCGUUGUCUCUAGGAGUGCUGAUGGUGCACUUUUUGCAGUGUGAUGUUUGUCGAUUGGAAAUCAAAGGUUCAACCAUUUAUACCGA